GAACCAAGCAAGCAAAGCAAGCACUGUUCCAGCCACGGUUGUCCUCCAUCCGUGUCACUCGUCGCACAAUGUUUUUAAUAAUUUAUCAGGCUUUCAGUCCAUCGUCGUCGGCUAAUUCUAAGACAUUGGAUUGAUUCCCCCAUCUGCAGUUUGCCAUGGCGACAGUGGUGAUGGAGCAGAUUGGCCGCCUUUUUAUCAACGCCCAGCAGCUGCGUCAGAUCCCUCAGCUACUAGAGUCGGCCUUUCCCACACUACCUUGCACCGUCAAGGUGUCGGACGUUCCCUGGGUGUUCCAAGAGCGUCACAUCCUCACUGGCUACAGACAGCCGGACCAUAGCUGGCGCUACUACUUUCUCACCCUUUUCCAAAGGCACAAUGAGACGAUUAACGUAUGGACCCAUCUGCUGGCCGCACUCAUCAUCUUAGUGAAGUGGCAGGAAAUCUCACAGACUGUUGAUUUUUUGCGAGACCCUCACGCUCAGCCCCUCUUCAUCAUUCUCCUGUCUGCUUUCACCUACCUCUCCUUCAGCGCGCUCGCUCAUCUCUUGUCUGCCAAAUCCGAGCUUUCGCAUUACACUUUCUACUUCCUCGACUACGUGGGUGUGGCCGUCUACCAGUACGGAAGUGCGUUGACACACUACUACUACGCCAUUGAGGAGUCUUGGCACGCCAGAGUCCAAGGGCUCUUUUUACCUGCCGCUGCUUUCUUGGCAUGGCUCACAUGCUUUGGCUGCUGCUAUGGCAAAUAUGCCAGUCCCACGCUGCCCAAGCUUACCCACAAGCUUUUCCAAGUGGUGCCCUCGGCCUUGGCCUACUGUUUGGACAUCAGUCCCGUGCUUCACCGCAUCUACACAUGCUACCAGGAAGGCUGCUCCGACCUGGUUGCAGUGUAUCACCUCUACCAAGUGCUCUUUUUUCUUAUCGGCGCCUACUUUUUUUCCUGCCCCCACCCAGAGAGCUGGUUCCCGGGGAAGUGUGACUUCAUUGGGCAGGGCCACCAGAUCUUUCACGUGUUCGUCAUGGUCAGCACCCUACUGCAGAUCGAAGGACUGCGAAUAGAUUUCACUGAGCGGCGGCGCCUCUACGAGCGACUUCACGGCGAUCUCGCUCAUGACGCUGUCGCACUCUUUAUCUUCACCACCUGCUGCAGUGCACUCACUGCUUUUUACGUGCGCAAACGUGUGCACACUUCUCUCCAUCAAAAAUACAAUUGAAUGCAAUGUUCUAUUUCAGGUUGCUCCACAGUGACAGUUUUUUUUUUUUUGUUUUAUUAUUUUUUAACAUUGAUUUCCUCGUUGUGUAAUCUGCCAAACCACGGUGUAAAAUUCCAACAGAUUUAUUAAAGUGGGGAGAUAGUUGAAUCAACACGGGGACAUACUUUAGCAUUCCAUUUAUUUGAAUCAUGUUCACUUUUUGUGCGCUUGUGUGACACAUUUUUUCUUUCAUGCAUUCAAUGUCAUCAGGCAAGAGAAAAAUGAAUGGAACUUGAUUUUUCUUAAGUCUUGAGGGCCCUAUAAUUUGUCAUAAACUAUUGUUUUUUUUUUUUUAAUCCUUCAACUAAAAAAAAAAAAAAAAAAGUUGAAAUGAACUACGACGGCUCCUCAAACACGUAAUGAGCCCGGACACAAAAAUACACCUGUUAUUGUGCAUGCCUUUGAAUCAGAAUCUACAGGAAAUGAUAAAUUCGCAAUUAAUGUGCCCAGAGGGAAAAAAAAAAAAAAAAAAUCAAGCUCUUAAGGAUCGAUGUGUAUACAUCCCUAGAAUACAUGUACUAAAUUUAAUUCUGAUCCAUCCACAAAUAACAGUGGAGUAACCUUUUUAAUUAGUGGCCUCACCGAGAAAAAGAACAGUGGAGUAACCUUUCUAAUUAGUGGCCUCACCGAGAAAAAGAACAAAUUCAAUGAAAUUUGGACCCUUUCCAGCAGGCGGUCUAAAAGGAAAAAAUACUUUUCCUUCCAGUAAUGUUCUGUUAACUUAACAGAAGAAACAGAACAGACAGAACAGAAAAAAGACUGAAAUAUUGCAGGCAAAUCAACUUUUAAGUCAACACAGUAAAUGUUUUAUUGUUUAACUGGUCUUAUUUCAAUUGUUUUCUUGAUAUGUAAUAAUUUCUAUAUUUUUUAUUUUAUCUGGCCAAACAAAAGAACAAAUAUACUUGAGGAAAGUUGAAUUUUGUUUUUAUGAAAAGAAAUAUAUCUUUCAAAAGUAUAUUUCAAGUGACAAUGUUUGGGUUGUGAGAUUACUGACCUUCUUGUUCCAACAAUACUGAUUUAUACUCAAAGGGCUGGAAGUUCAGCUUUUGCCUUUUCACAUCCCGUGGUGUCAAAGCUUGUACGUGCACUAUGCUCUACUUUUGCUAUGAUUUCUUUUUUUUGUAUGAUAAAAUUGUACGUGCCUCUAAGCAUGUCUAUCUCUAUAUAUUGCAGAUGUUAUGGUGUGACAGCUUUCCCUAUUCUUCCGGAAAACCUGCCAUUAAUCACUAUGCUCACCAUCUAAAAAGCACUUAGGGAUGAAUGCAAAUUUUUCUGAAGGGAUACUGCACCUUUCUAUUUUGCUGUGUGCUUUCAAACCUUUCAUAUUUCAAUGUUUUCAUGCUUACCAGAUUACGAAGCGAUUGCUAUGAAUACAUAUUGGUGCAGCGUUGCAUCCAUUUUUUUAGGCUCUCACCACAUAAUGGUUCACUCAUGGGUUCACUGAUAAUGUUUUAGCUUACAAAAUGUGAAACGCAACCUCAAAAAUUAGUUUUAAGCAUUAUUGCACUCUCUGUUCUUGAUGGUGUUAAAUGAAUGUGUUUUUUUCCCCAACACUGAUGGCACUAUUGAAAGAUAAUUUCAGAGAGGACUCAAAAUGAUGUCUUGAGAGUAGCCCUAAUUGGGGUUUAACUGAGAAUCAGAUGAAUGGUCGUGCACUGCCCGAAUCAACAAUGUACAUACUGUGGCUGACCACAUUAACAAUGUUUACACGCAUGUCUUUUUAUUUUUUUAUUACAUUUUUUUUUUUUCAUAUAUAUAAAUACUGUUAUUGUGGGUAUUAUAUUGUGUUGACAUUUUAUCACGGAGGUUCAGAAGAAAAGUACCAAAUAUUACUCCUUUGGCACAUAAAUCAAAUUUGGGAAUAUUUUAUAUGUUUGGAUCUAAUUCAAGUUGUGAUGUUCUAUCCACAAAUGAUCAAAUUACCACUAAGAAAAAAAGUUUUGUACCAUUUUUCUUUCCUUUUGGGGUGUAUGUGACACACUGUCACGUGUUGCAUUAAUUGCAUGUUGGAAAAUAAGAACUGGAACAUGUGUUUAAGUGAAUGUGAUAACAAAAGCCUCUAAUGAUGCCACCCAGGUUUGCCUUCAUUGUAGAAAGCAGGGUGAGAGGGACCAGAAUGUCUUUUGCCUCCUGACUGUGUGUGAUUGACUGUACUAAUGUUAAAAAUAAGUAAAAAG